CUCCGUAGAGAGAUGGCUCCGAUCGUCGUCGGCGAUUCUCUCCCGGAUGGAGAUUUGGCUUGGUUCGAUGAGAGCGACCAAUUGUGGAUGAUCCCGAUACACUCGCUUGCCGCCGGCAAGAAGGUCAUCAUCUUCGGAGUCCUCGGCGCCUUCACACCCAUUUGCAGCAUGAACCAUGUCCCCGGUUUCAUUGAAAGUGCAGAGGAACUCAAAUCCAAAGGCGUCGACGAGAUCCUCCUCAUCAGCGUUAAUGAUCCAUUUGUGAUGAAGACAUGGGCUAAGUCGUAUCCUGAGAACAGGCAUGUGAAAUUCCUAGCUGAUGGUUCCAGCUAUUACACUCACGACCUUGGGUUGGAACUGGACUUCUCCGAGGUGGGUCUGGGCAUUCGAUCGCGAAGGUUUGCUCUCCUCGUCGACAACCUUGUGGUGACAGUUGCGAACAUCGAAGAAGGAGGGGGAGAAGUCACUAUAUCUGGUGUAGAAGAGAUCCUAAAGUUCCUCUAGGAAUAGUGCUAUGUUUAUUUGUUAUGUUAGUUUGCUUGUUAGGCUACUAGUUAAGUG